CCUGCGCAACAAGAAGAGGGUCCUACGCGGCGCACCGCCGCGUAAUUGAGGUCCUGCAGACCCUACAAGGAACAGCGGUGGGGGCCGCCCUAUGUAAGGCUCUGGAAGCGAUCAGGUCCAGCCCAUCCAGCAUCAGGACACCGUACGUCUGGAUUCGCGCCACUUCAAGGAUUAUCGGUAUCGAUUGUCAACCAGUUCAGAUCACCCGCAAAAAUUGUUUCGACGAGAUAGUCUUUAAGAAGAGCGAUUUCCGCUCUGGUAAAGGACGCUUAUCCCUGUCAUCGGUGAAGAAGAGAAAAACAAAGAAAAGAAAACUAAAAAUUUAUCAAGGAGAAGAUGAGAGUGAGCGUGAUAUUGGUUUUUGUGGUCCUUGCUCUGGGAUUCGUCGGUGCGGCUAGAAGAGACAGACUUAGGACGACAACAACGGCGUCGCUUGAUGAUAGACAGUUCGCCUUCGCUGAACAAACUGAAGAACUAAAAAACUUAUGGAAUAACUUCGACAGCCACAAACUGAAUGUUCGUGCGGGGAUCUGGAAAAAUGACACGGAAAAUAGAAUCAUUCUUAGUGCCAGACAGUAUCCAGGACUUCCGCACAAUCCGGGUGACACGAAUGAGCUUCCGAAUCCCAUUUCACCACCGGUGGAACCGGCACCACCACCGUACCAACCUCCGCCGGGCUGCCUAGGACCGAGAGGCCAGUAUCCAAGCUCGAAAAACUGCGCCAACUAUCUAAAUUGCUGGGAUGAUGUGGUGAUCGAGCAAACCUGUCCGGCUGGGCUACUUUUCAAUGACGUCGCCGGUUACUGCGACUUUGCGUUCAACGUCAACUGCGGUGAUCGACCGCCCGCUACGCCAAAGCCACCAUUGCCGGCGGGAUCAAAUCUAUGUCCGGAUUCGAACGGACGUUACAGAAGCUCGACCAACUGUUCAGAAUUCUACGUGUGUGUCGCGGGCAAACCUAACAAAUUCAAUUGUCCUCUCAAUCUGGUCUACAGUGAUAUACUGAAUGUUUGUGACUAUCAACGCAACGUGGACUGCAAAGGCACAGCCACGCCGAAACCAUUGAAGCCUACACAACUGCCAACUCAAUCCCCGCCGUCUUCUACCUAUGCUCCUACCAAGCCGCCCACUGCUUCUCCUAAGCCACCUCCUCAGCCGACUUAUCCACCUCAACCACCAACUUACCAGCCACAACCACCGACUUACCAGCCUCAACCACCAACUUACCAGCCUCAACUGCCGACUUACCAACCGCAACCACCGACCUAUCAGCCUCAACCACCGACUUAUCAGCCUCAACCACCAACUUAUCAGCCUCAACCACCGACCUAUUCUCCGCAACCUCCGACUUAUGCGCCACAACCAUCAACAUAUCCCCCUAAACCACCAAGUUAUCAACCUUAUCCACCACCGCCUCCGUAUUCCGGGAAUCCUUGGCUGAAUCAAGCGAAGUCUGAUUCUUGGCAUCCGCGAAACCUAGCGAAACCUAACGAAACUCUACUAGAGAGCGACGGAGAGAUACACAAACAAGAAAUAUCAACUGAUAAUCCAACAUUAAGUGAGCAGCCCAUACAUGACGUAAUAGAAACUUCCAGUUUGACAAAUCCGUGGACCCUACUCCAAGCAAAUCUACCAUCAGAACUGAAGAUAACUCCGUGUCAUGAUGGCGAUAUAUACAAACUUAAUGACUUUUGUACUAAGGUGAUAGUUUGUAGGCGCAACCAACCUGAAGUGAUAGAAUGUCUACCGGGACACUCGUAUGAUAAACCAUCGGACUCUUGUAUGCCUUUCAACGUUGCAAUAUGUGAGCCCUCCAGUACACCUCCCACUUUGCACUAGGAACUCACAUCGAAGAUAAAAAACACAUUAAAGAAA